AUGGCUUUCAACGCUCACAUCAAGACUUCUGCUUACUCCUCUCGUUACCAAACUCCUUUCAGAAGAAGAAGAGAAGGUAAGACUGACUAUUACCAAAGAAAGAGAUUAGUCACCCAACACAAGGCUAAGUACAACACUCCAAAAUAUAGAUUGGUUGUUAGAUUCACCAACAAAGACAUUAUCUGUCAAAUUAUCUCUUCCACUAUCGUUGGUGAUGUUGUUUUAGCUGCUGCCUACUCUCAUGAAUUACCAAAAUACGGUAUUGAACAUGGUUUGACCAACUGGGCUGCUGCUUAUGCCACCGGUUUGUUGAUUGCCAGAAGAACUUUACAAAAGUUGGGUUUGGAUGAAACAUACAAGGGUGUUGAAGAACCAGAAGGUGAAUACGAAUUGACUGAAGCUGUUGAAGAUGGUCCACGUCCAUUUAAGGUCUUUUUGGAUAUUGGUUUGCAAAGAACCACCACUGGUGCUCGUGUUUUUGGUGCUUUGAAAGGUGCUUCCGACGGUGGUUUGUACGUCCCACACAGUGAAAACAGAUUUCCAGGUUGGGAUUUUGAAAGUGAAGAAAUUGACCCAGAUUUAUUGAGAAAGUACAUUUUUGGUGGUCAUGUUGCUGAAUAUAUGGAAGAAUUAGCUGAUGAUGAUGAAGAAAGAUUCAAGACAUUGUUUAAAGGUUAUUUGAAUGAUGAAAUUGAUGCCGAUGCUGUUGAAGAUGUUUACGCUGAAGCUCAUGAAGCUAUUAGAGCUGACCCAUCUUUCAAGCCAUCUGAAAAGAAAUUUACCAAGGAACAAUAUGCUGAAAAUUCCAAGAAAUACAGACAAGUUAAAUUGACCAGAGAACAAAGAGCUGCUCGUGUUGCUGAAAAGAUUGCUGCUUUGACUGCUGCUGCUGCUCAAGAAUAA